AAUUGGAACGGCUCAGUUGUCAAAACAGCAGCAGUGCUACCAACUGUCAAGCGACGUACGGCACAAGAAUGUAUCUGUUGGUGCAUGUAUGCCAGUGUGUAAAAAAAUGGACAGACUGGAGCUUGACAUUUAAUUAGACACAACAUUUAUUUCGAUUCACAUCUAAAACGUAAAAUUUGUUUCCCUUUAUUUUGGUGUGAACAACAUCUUGCCGAUUUUUUCUACCAAACAAAAAGAACAUACAAACACGACGACGAAAACCAAAUUACGCGUUUCGUUUGGUUAAAUUUUGUGUUUUGGCAUAAUUGUUUUUUUUUUUCUGUUUUCAACUGAAGCAUUCUGUGAUCCGUUGAUUAUUCACACUCACACACAAAAUUUAUUGUAGCCAAAAAUUUGUGUUUUCGUUGUCGAGCAGUGAUUUCAUAAGCCCACAUAUAGAUUACGAACAAUGGCAAUGCGUUCGGGAAACAUGUUGAUCGACGAAGGUGAAACAAAGAAACCAGUUGCACACAAUCCACUGGAACAAUUUUUGCUGUUGGCCAAAGGUACAAAGGGUGCUGCGUGCCAGGAUCUUAUAAAAACCGUACUUGAAGCGCCCGGUGUGUACGUCUUCGCCGAGCUACUGGCACAACCAAACAUCCGCGAGCUGGAAAACACACCACACGUCAACUAUCUGAACACAUUGAAUCUGUUCGCAUUUGGCACAUACAAACAGUACUUGGACAACAAGAGCUCUCUCAUCGAAUUGACUGACACCAUGAAAAAUAAACUCAAACAUCUCACAAUUGUCACGAUGGCGAUUAGCAACAAAUGCAUUGCGUAUAGCGAUCUGAAGGAACAAUUGGACAUUGGUUGUGUUCGUGAACUCGAAGAUUUGAUCAUCGAAUCCAUUUAUGCCGAUAUCAUCCACGGUAAAUUGGAUCAGAAAAACCAACAGUUGGAAGUCGACUAUGCGAUCGGUCGUGACAUUCGGCCAGAAGAUGUGAAAAAAAUCUCGGACACACUACAAGAGUGGUGUGACUCAUGCGAAUCGGUACUGCAAACAAUCGAAAAUCAAAUUGAUCGCGCCAAUGCGGCCAAAUCCAUGCGCACCAAACACACCGAAGACUUGGAAGCCGAGAUCUCGAAUUUGAAGAAAACACUCAAAACCCAUUUAACUGACAUCGAUGAAGAUUAUACGAUGGACUACAAGGAAUCAACGACAUCCACCACAACCGCAUCGACCACGGCCGAUUCGCGCAUCAAAAAGAAUAAAUGCAAAAUCAUGAAACCAUCCAGUGGUGGCAGUGGCUUAAUAAAAUUCCAUCGAUAAUUUGCAAUUUUCAUCCAAAAAAAAACAAUCUAGCAAUCACAUUCUUAGGUUACCUCAUCUUAACGUUCGUCGUUCAACAAACGAAACAAUUCAAGAAGAAAAACUGCUUGCAUUGUUCAACGAAGCAAAAUGAGGGAAACACGAAUCAAAGAAAAUCCCAACUAACUAACAACUGAUCAACAAAUUAGAUAAUGAAGAGAGGAAAAAAGAAGAAAAAAACACUGAUUUUUGAAUUAUUUUUUUUCGCAUUUUUUUUGUUAAAUAUUUAAAAGAAACAAUUAAUAAAACUGAUUUGUUUUUACUGAAUUGUA